AAUCCAGCUGGCUGCCUCCCUGGGAAUGUAAUCCAUAUGUGAGCGCGAGUUCAGCUGCAGGAGAAAGAAACGAUAUUACUCGCAAAGAAGCGUUUGUUUCUGCACUUUCUUCUUUAAAUUCCACUCAUUCUGGCCACCGGACCUUGGCCCUGGUUCAACAGCCAACACAAAAAGAGAGGUAAAGUCUGGAGAAGGACAAAGUGAGAGUUGAGAAAAAAGUUGGAGAGAAUAAAAACGAAGGCAAAAGGAGCAGUGUGGAACAAUAUACCGAUUAGGCAAGCGAGAGAACAAUGAAAGAGGACACACUGGAGGAAGGCAAAGGGAGUCAAAAUGACCCUAACGGAACUGUUGGACACCAGCAAGUGAUCCAGACACACCUGGAAGAAAACGGACCUUUGAAAGCCUUGCUGAGCUCUGAUUUGGAAAUGAAUGGCAAGGCUGGUGGAAGGGGACCUGUAAAUAAAGUCAGCGAAGCAAACAGCAACGCCAACAAUCUCAGCAUGGUUUCUGAAGUACCGCCGGAUGGUCAGAACCACACACGGGGCACGCGCACACCUAAAAGAGCUGCCACGUUUGGGAAACGUUCCAACUCGAUGAGACGCAACCCCAACGCGGAGGUGAGCCGGCAGGGCUGGCUUUACAAACAGGCAAGCAGUGGUGUGAAGCAGUGGAACAAACGCUGGUUUGUGCUGACUGACCGAUGUCUUUUCUACUAUAAAGACGAGAAGGAAGAAGGAGUCUUGGGAAGCCUUCCUCUUCUCAGCUUCAAGAUUGGACCGGUCCAAACAUCGGACAGCAUCACCCGCAAGUUUGCCUUUAAGGUGUGGUGCGAAACAGAGGAAGAGGAGGAGGAGGAAGAGGAAAGUGAGGAUUUAAAGGGCAGUAUUGCGUUCUGUUUGCAGGUUGAGCACGCAGGAACUCGUACUUAUUACUUCAGUGCAGACAGCCAGAAAGAGCAGGAGGAGUGGAUCCAAGUCAUGAGUGAGGCUGCAAGGGUCCACAUCCCAACUACACCCAGAAGUAAAUCGAACCCCAUCCCUGCAGCAGACCCAAACGACAUGGUAGCCAAGCGGCUCGAGCAAAACUCACACGUAGAGAACAACGGCCAGAGUCCAGACCUCCACGAGCCAGUCAAACACGAGCUCAACGGUUUAGAGACCAGAGACACCACACCCAGCACCCCAGUGACCCCGCUUACUCCAAACACAGACGGCAGGAUGGGGGAGAAAGGAGGCCUGGCGCCUCAUCACCCCAACGGCUGGGGAAACUAUGGUCCUCCCAAUGGUUCCAGAUAUCAGUCGCAGGAGAAUGUGCGGGACAUGCGGGAGCCGCUGGAUGAGAAUGUGGUAAUGCGCAGGGGAUUUGUACCCAGGACAGCACCGGAGAGACUCGCCCAGAGGAAGAGCUCCAUGACGCAGCUGCAGCAGUGGGUCAACCAGCGGCGGGCAUUGGCGCCUCAGGAUGAUGGACGCAGUCCAUCCAGGUACUACACAGUAAACCGGGGCAUGCCAGCGGACUAUUACGGCAUGUAUGGCGGGGCUCCGUAUGUGGACGAAUAUCCACUCUACCCACCCGGUGUCCGUCCUGAAAGCAUCUGCUCCAUGUCGGCUGCGUACAACCGACCAUCUCCUCGCUGGACUGUGGAAGAGAGAAGGCGAUCGCUGCGGGACGGUCCCCUAUAUGGUCAGCCUCGCGACCCUCAGUGGAUGAUGGCACCUCAGGCCCCGUCCUAUUAUCCUCAGCUGGACUCAGCACAGAACUCAAUGAGACGCCUCUCCAUCCAGCCACGCUCUCGCUCCGUCCCGCGCUCUCCUUCAUCCUCAUCUGGGGGACCGUACUCUCCACACAGCUUCGCCUCUCCUGCACGAUCACCAAGCGCCAGGUUUGACCGAGGGCCAGCCCGAAUCAGAGAUGAAGGUAUAUACGCCGAUCCCUCUGUUUAUGGACUCCGCAGAUCAAUGAGCUCACCUAAGUAUGAUUUCCCUGGAGAUCGUCGCUCAUACAGCCAAGGAAUGUACCAUUAUAACUACCCAGCGUCCCCAUCGCUCCACAGUAAAAUGGAGGACAUUUUAGACGCGCAGCUUCAGAGGAACCUGGAGUACCUUGAUCAGCAGGUGCCUCCAUUCCAUGAUGUGUACGGUGACUUACAUCCCACUCUGAAGCUUAAUGAGAUCGAGACCAGCAAACUACUUGGCCGAUUGUGUGAACAGAAUCGACUUUUGAAAGAGCAAGAGACUGUAGUUCAUCGUUUGCGAAUGGAAAAGGACAGCCUAGAGGGGGUGCUGGUGGCCACACAUCAGGAGAUGGAGCUGUACAGAAACAAGCCGCUGGUAAUGGAGAAACUUCAACUCAAGAAGGAGAGUCUGCAAAACAAACUGAUCAACAUCAGAGGAGAGCUCUCCCAGGCCUCAAGUGCCCUGACCACCACCCGAGUGGAGUUUGAGGCGCUGGAGGAUGAUGUGAACGCCAUUCAUGGGGAUUUGUGGGAGCAGCUGAAUGCUGGAGGGCAGAGUGAACUGGUGCAUAGACACAUUCAGAAGGAAUUCUGGAGGGUUCAGGAUGUCCUGGAGGGGCUGCACAAGAACAACCCAUCCCGGGGGACAGACACAGCCAAGCACAGAGUAGCCAGUGGAGCAUCGGGCUCUUUCAGCACAAACAGUCCCGCGAGUCCUUUAAGUUCAGUGAGUCUGACGAGUCCUCUCAGCCCCUUCUCUCCUGUGCCCGGCUCUCAGCCCUCUCCCACCAAACAGCUGGCCACAGAGGAGGCUAUUCCUCCACGACCUCCACUCCCAAAAUCUUAUCAGCCCCUGGAAUCCUCCCAGUCCUUUCCCCCCUCCGUCCCUCCCCUGCCUUUAGACAGCAAUGCCUGGCAGCGCAGCAUGGGCCGCAAUUCAGGCAUCCACCAGGAAGGCUACAAGGAUGACGGAGAUUUCCACAGCAGAAAGCACAACUAUAACUCGCAGGGAGAAAAGACCAGUGACUUUGAGACAGAGCAAGAUAGGCUUUCCAACCAGAAUAAAGUUGGAAUCGUUCCACCCAGGACCAAGUCACCUUCAGAAGAAAAGAACAAUUCUGAUGCUGUCCAGCGGAGAAAUGGGAAGGUGUCCAACGGCCACAUUUCAAGAGAAAGGCCAAAGAGCGCUGUGUUCCCCGCAGAGGUGAAGUCUAAAAUGAGUGUCGAGGAACAGAACGAGAGGAUACGAAGAAAUCAGAGCAGCUCCGUCAGAGACAAGAGACGCAGCCUCAACCUCUCCAGCAACCAGCACAUUGACGGCUUUAAGUCUUCGACAAGCUACAGAGUGGUGCGGAGAAGAGUUACAGCUGAUGAGGUGGAUAUAAAGGGUCUUGAGGCGGCUGUGAGGGGAGAAGGUAUGGAGUCGCCCAGGGAAGAAAUUGCUCGCCUGAGACGACAGGUGGAGCCUGAUCACUAUGACCUGGAUCUAAGCAAAGAGUUGUCCACGCCAGAUAAAGUCCUGAUCCCUGAGAGAUAUUUGGAAAUGGAGCCUAGUACACCGCUCAGCCCAGAAGAGCUUCGGGAAAAGCAGAAGAAAGUUGAAAGAAUCAAGACACUGAUUGCCAAAUCAAAUCUGCAAAAUGUGGUGCCGGUACUGGACGGGCCAGUGGAGGGACCCAGCAACCCAGAGCAGCAGCUCCACGAGCAGGAGAAACGCAUCGAGAUCUCCUGUGCUCUGGCCGCCGAGGCGUCUCGUCGAAGCCGGCUGCUCUCCGCCCAGUGUGUCCCCAGCCCCCCUGCCUCCCCAACCAGCCUGGUCCCUCCCCCUUCUGCUGACUACUCUGACUCCUCCCACAUCAUGAAGGUGUGAAGCUCAAGCUCUUGCAGCUGUAAAAUUUGACGAUGAACCCUUCUGAGUGUCCAGCAGAUAAAGAAAAGAUGGAAAAACCCCACCGAACAUCGAGAACAUUUGUUUCGCCUCUGCCAAACAUUAUAUUUCUUUCACUUACUUUACACAAUACCACGCUGAGAAAUAUUUCAUGAUGUUUGGACAUCUGCGGAGAGCGCUGGUUAUCUGUCUCCACAUAACCCACGGCAGAGCUACAUGAUUCAAUUAACCAACCAUUUUGACUUGGUUUUUCGGAGGAUCUCAGUCAAAUUUAAAAAAAAAAAAAGAAAAAAAAAGCUACAAAACUAGCCAGGAAGUGGACGAUGUUUACAGAUUCAUAUCUGCUCUCUGUCCCGUUACGGGGACUUGAGUGCGUACAAGCAACAUGAUGCUACAGCUGCUCAGGGCGGAUUCUGCAGACACAAGCACGUUCGUGACAGGAAAGAGUAAAAGAAGUGAACAGAGGAGAAUAGCCAUGCUCGAGGAGGUGGUGAAAACCAGACGAAGGACUACAGCGAAGUUGUCGAAGCUCAGUUUAUCUGAAAGUCAGAUUUUGUAACCGCUGGAAUGAUAAUUGUCUGUGUACAAGCGACCGCUGAGAAUUUAUGAACGAAAAACCCAGUCGGAGACUUGGAACAAUUGGAGAUCCUUGUUGUUUUGAUCCAAAAGAUGUUGUUGAUACAAGAAGACUUGGCGUUGGGCACUUCCCCUCCAUCAAUGUUAAAGGCCAGACUCACUGUGACUCCUCCUGGCCCUUUAUCUUUCCCACGAUCCUCUCCGGUUUCACUAUUGGGAUCUCGAGAACCCUUCAACAUUGCAGUCUCUCAAACCAUUGCCAGGCCUUGUGUAUCUAUAAAGAAAGCGUAUAUAUACAUAUAUAUAUUGAUAUGACUAUUACUCUAAUCUUUGCAUCAAAGCCAUGUGGACUCAUCAUAAUAGUGCUUUUACUGCUAGGACAGUAGUUACCAAAUGGUACCUAAAUACUUGUGAGCGUGCGUGUGUGUGUGCGUUAGAUUAAUAAGAAAGCCGAAACAUUGGAAGUGUCCUUAGAGUUGUAAGUCUGCUUGUUGAAUCAACACGUGUUCAUUCGAGGCCAGCAACUUGCAUUACAGCCUGUAUAUACAAAAUGAGGUUAAAUUAUGUAUCCUGUUGCCCCAACAGAAUAUCAAAGCCCUUUUUGAGCUGUGGAUCGAUUAUUGUGCCAUUUGGAGAUUCAUUUGGCGUUUUUUUGUUUGUGUGUGUGUGUGUAAAUAUAGAUCGACAUGGAAUUAAAUGGAACAAUAUUUUGGAUUAUUUUUCUAUCGCUGGUAAUUACCUCUGUAAUCAAGCAGCUUGAUUAUAAUGUAUCGUUAAAGUAAAGAACUAUUUGCCAAACCAUAUAAAUCUCCUGUUUUGUACUUGGCCCAUAUCAAAAGGUUUCAAAUGCCAUGCAAGUUGUUAGCCCAUACUGUGCUUUCUGCUUGUCUUUUUUUUUAAUGUAAAUCAAUCUGUCUUUGAUCUAACGUUUGACUAAACACUGGCCUCCGCUUUGUAUGUGAGAAUUUAUUUGUUUUUGUUUCUUCCGUCAAGAACUGUCACGGAUAUUUUUCGGUUUUUAUUCCAAAACACAACAGCAACAAAAUGAAUUAAGCUUUGAACACAGUAUGAUCUGGAAAAGAGAAACUGUUUACUUUUAAGUAAAAACAGCCCUGAAGGGGAAGACAGAGAUCUAUUUUUAUCUUUUUUUUCAUUCUUCAGACAAAAUCAAUGCUUCGCCUAUUUUUCUACGAUGUAUAAAAUGAGGUUUGAGCUUUGUAAAUUGACUCAAGAGAGUUUUGAUCUGAUAUAUUACGGGGAAACUGAUCGAGGCUGAUAUAUUUUUAAUUUAUUGAGCGAAACUUUACAGCAUCCUUUCAGAGGCCUUGUUUAACAGUCAGUUUUAAGUGUUAUUUUGUAAGUCGUGGUUGGAACGGUCAAGAAAUAUGUAGCAAGUGAGAUUGACUAACUGAAAAUAAGCACAUUGGACUGUGUAAAUAUUUUUUUUUGUCAAUAAAACACUGUAUGUCUUCAUAUUUACCGUAAUUAAUACUAUUUUAAGGAAAAAACGAGACUGCUUGAGCUAUGCAAACCCAACAAAAUAAUACUUAAUGUGCUUGCUUUAGAAGUACCCUCAUGCAAUAAAGUGAAUGUAUUUAAACAC